AUGCGUGUGGACCCACUGUGCGUGAGAUGUGGUAUGGGAGAUGAGACUAUCAAUCAUAUGCUCUUUGAGUGUCCCCCGGCCCGACAGGCCUGGGCACUCUCUCCCAUACCUACGCCUCCCCAGUUUUUUCCUACGGGAGCACUGUACUCAAAUAUGGCACAUCUAUUCUGGAACCUCCCAGACAAUGAUGACAUGUUGAUGUAUCCAUGGUUACUCUGGUUUAUUUGGAAAGCUCGUAAUUACAAAGUUUUCUCAAAUGAUGAUCAAAAUCCGCAGGAAGUAAUGGAAUCUGCGAUAACGGAAUCCCGGGCAUGGGUAGCAGCACAAACGGUAGCAGACGGAGUAUCCAAUAGUAUCUCCAUCAACUCCGGCCACGUCCCACCGGGAGAGUGGUGUCAGAUUGAUGGAGCGUGGAAAGUGACAGACAGUCGGGCUGGACUUGGAUGGUACAAUUUUGACCCGGAUUCGGGCUCUGUCCUGAUGGGGUCUAGCAACCUACGGCGGGGUUUAUCUCCUCUUCAAACAGAAUUGGAGGCAUUGGUUUGGGCUAUGCAAAGUAUGCUAGUCCAUAACAAACGACGGAUGAAUUUCCAAACAGAUAGCGCUCAGUUGGUGAAGAUGGUGUCCAAACCUGCCGAGUGGCCAGCUUUUGCGAUCUUGCUUGAAGAAGUGGAGCAUUGUAGAGGGAUGUUCCAGGCGUUCUCCCUCACAUACAUUCCCAGAACGAAGAACACAAGGGCAGACAAGCUAGCACGGAGUGCUCGAGCUCAGCCCCAUGAUGUGUAUUACAUAAACUCAGUUCCCCCGAUUCCGCUUCCCGGACCGGUAUAG